AUGAAUUGUGUUUUAAAAUUUAUCGUACUUCCCUUGCUGGUGGUACUUCCCCAUUGGUAUGCUCCUGUGCAGAUGGAAUCGUUUCUCAAUACACCGCCACCGGAUUAUAAUCGUCGAACAUCUCUAAAAGAUUGUCCAAAGCGAUUCUACUCGGAUGUUGGAGAGUACACCGGUAGCUAUGGUGCAUUUGGCGGCUUUCGAGCAUUGCGUGGUGAAUUUCAGCACAUGGUGGCGAUCGGUUGGACGCGUGCCACCGAUAAAAUUGAUUACCUCUGUGGUGGAAGUUUAAUAAGUAACCAGUUCGUACUGACGGCGGCACACUGCAAUGCGGAUGCAAAUAACAUUAAGCCAGAUACAGUACGAUUAGGUGACACGGAUCUGGGAAGCACCGAAGAUGACGAGUUCGCACAACAGAUCCCGAUCGCUCGUCUGAUUGUGCAUCCUGAGUAUCGGGGAUCACGCAAAUAUUUUGAUGUGGCACUGAUCGAGCUGCAGCAAAUGGCGCAGUUCACCGAAGCUGUAUGUUCCGCUUGCUUGUGGCAAGAGAAGGACCUACCAGAAGAGCCGAUGGAUGCGGUCGGAUUUGGAGCGACUGGUUUUGGUGAAUCGCUUAGUCCGACACUGCAACGUGUGGUGCUGAACCACAUUCAGCAAGAAGAGUGUGCGAAAAGAAUCGCCAUAAAUAAGCGUCAAAUGCCUCAGGGCUUCCGUGCGGAUCAGUUCUGUGCGUCUAGCAACAGCAUGGAUACCUGCGAAGGUGAUUCCGGUGGUCCGAUCGGAGUGAAGCGGUUUGAUGUGGGAGGAGCGUUAACUCCUCUUGUGACUGGUGUUGUAUCGUUCGGGACUCCUUGUGCUGUUGGAUCUACCGGGGUGUACACGAAAGUGAGCGAGUACAUUGAUUGGAUCCAGCGUGCAACAAACGCGUCGUACAGUUAUAGAGUGUGCACCAAGCAAACGUUUUGUAUCGGACGACCCAAGGAAACGAUAAAUGUGAACUUUGAACGAAUCUACACUCAGAAUCGAUUUGGCAUGCUGUGGACGGAGAGCGACAGUUCAUCAAGGGAGUGUGGCGCCACGCUAAUCGACUACCAGUUUUAUCUCACAACGGCUUCUUGUGUUACAUCUAGCAAAGGUCAUCCAAAGUUUCUUGUUUCGUUGUCAGCGGAGCGUGCAGCCAUUACGGACGUAUACGUUUCCCCACUGUACAAGCCGGGCCGUCCAGAAAACGAUAUUGCGCUGUUGAAGAUAGCACAGUACGUUAACCAUACAGUGUACCGACCGGCCUGCCUUUGGGAUCGAAAAACCGACGGUGAAUGGUCGUUUGAUCCAAUGUUUACCGCAUUUGGCAUCAUAGGAACGGACGAUCACUCGGAAGAAACCGUCAUCGUUAAGGCGCGCAAUGGCACGGGAUGUGAGGAUAUGACGAUGCGUGGCACAGAUCUGCGUUGCUUCCAUAAUCAGGUACCCAUGAUGCCGGGCGUUUGUCGGAUGGACUACGGGGGUGCCGUUAUCGACAAAUCGUUCUGGGGAGAACCGGUAUCUGUGUACGGCAUUGUGUCACCGGUUAGCAAAAAUUGUGGAUCAAAUCUGUACAUGAUCGACAUAACACCGCACAUCUCAUGGAUAGAAGCAAUCAUCGUCGGUAGACGCGAUCAGUUUCUCGUGUUUUCCGAUUAG